AUGGGUGGGGUGUCACUCUCACUCAGAAUGUUAUAUGUGGGAGGAACAUGUGCACUACCAUUGGCAACUUCGUUUCCACCAUCUCCUAAAGAAAUAUUGGCUAGCAUUCAACAUUCAAAGAGCACUAUUUUGGCUACUGUACCAUUAUUUCUUGAACAGCUGAUUCUAUUACUACAUCAGGACGACAACAUCGGUUUUCAGAUGCUAGCUCGUUUAAAGUUCGUCUCCUGCGGUGGUGCAGCUUGUUCGCCUCAUAUCGGCAAACAAUUGACCGAGCGAGGUGUAAACCUCGUUAUCGGUUAUGGUUCAACAGAAACAGGGUUCCUGCUUGCCAGCGAAUAUAAUACGGCAGAUAAAGAUCAAUGGCAGAGAUUACAGCCGAUGCUUACUCGCCAGCCAUACAUGAAAUUCUUGCCAACAGAAUCGAAUUCUAAUAUUUAUGAACUUUUUAUUCUGCCGACUGAUCCGUUUUUAGCACCCGAUUUCGCUAAAAAUGGUCCCUAUUCUCCUGGUGAUCUGUUUAUUGAAGAGCCACCUGGAUCGGGCUAUUACACAAUUCAAGGUCGCAAAGAUGAUAUUUUAGUGCAUGUGACAGGGGAAAAAACGAGUGCUCUACCAAUGGAACUCGUUAUCCGACAACACCGUAUCGUCGAGCGUGUUGUUGUGCUUGGCCACAAUCGUUUGUGCUGCGCCGUCCUUAUCCAACUUAAUACUGAAGAAGCAUUUAAGCAUGAACUUUGUGAAAUCGAAAAGCAAGUUUUAACUGCGGUGAAAGCAGCCAAUAAAGACGCACCUUCCCAUUCGCAGAUAGCACCAGCUAUGGUGAAAAUUCUUCCAAUGAGUAAACGUUUACCAAUUACGGCAAAGGGCAACGUCAUUCGAAAAUCGGCUGAGCUAGAAUACACAGAAAUAAUUGAAAAAAUGUAUGAAGAGUUUUUCAAUACGUCCAAAACAGACAGCUAUACCGAACGCCCCUAUCAACAACAUUCUUGGACAAAAGACAGAAUUUGUAACUACCUUCAAUCAACAGUGGCUCGCGUUCUCAAUAAGCCAAUCGAAACCUUUGCGGACUACACAAAAUCGCUACACUCUCUCUCACUAGAUUCACUUACUGCCAUACAACUACGUAACACUCUUUGCUUUGAAUUUGGCCAACUUGAGCAAAACAUCAUCUUUGAAUUUCCAUCUAUUGACGUCCUAGCGGAUGAGCUCUUAAGAAUUACGAACAAACAACAAGGUCGAACUUCAAACGAUCCGCUACACUAUAAGGAAACAGAAGCAACCAUCGACAAAUAUAUCGAUUUAAUGAAAACACAUAAAGAUCAAAUGACUAUGGCUUCAGAAAAAAUCUCGAGUGACUUAGAUAACAACGCGUCAGACAAACGAGUAGUUUUGAUUACUGGUGCCAAUGGAUCACUUGGUAGCCAUAUAAUGGUGAACUUGGUGAAAAAGCCUCAAGUGAAGCGAGUUUAUUGUCUUUUACGUGGUGAAAAUGCUACGGAUCGGCUUCACCGUGCCAUGCAAGCACGCAAACAAGAUUUAACAGUGUUACUUGACACGAAUCGAGUCGUCGUCUUGUCAAUGGAUCUAAAUGAUGAAAAGUUGGGUCAAACAUUAGCCAUAUAUGAACAAUUACAGUACGAGGUCACUGAUAUUAUUCAUUCGGCUUGGAAAAUGGACUUCAAUAUGACUAUCAAAGAUUUUGAUCGAGAGUGCUUGCAAGGUCUCUAUCAUUUGCUCAAACUUGCAUCGAACACUUUAACACAAUCAACAAUGCGUUUUCAUUUUAUCUCAAGUAUCAGCUCUGCGGGCUCUGGUUUAAUUGAAGAAAUUGAAGAAGAACCACUACCACGUCGAGAAGGUCUUUCUCUUCCUCGAGGAUAUGGUCAAUCAAAGUAUGCUGGCGAACAAAUGUGUUGGGCAGCUAUGGAUCUGUGGGAUGUACCUGUCGAUAUCUAUCGCUUUGGGCAAAUUUCUGGUGACAGUGAAACGGGCGUAUGGAACACCAAUGAGAUGAUUUCCAUAAUGAUAUGUGGGGGAGGAGGAGAAUUAGGAGUAUUGCCUGAAAAUUAUCAACGAAUUAACUGGAUUCCGGUCAAUUAUGGCGCAGCUUCUGUUUCUGAUAUAGCUAUGGAUGCUACCACACGAACAGCACCACCUUCUGAGCGCGUACACCACAUUCUCAGUCCAUAUACAAUCAGUUGGUCUCAGUUACUAGAACAUUUGAAGUUAUCUGGCCUUCAGUUUGAAGUGGUGCCCAUUAAAGAUUGGUUGCGCAUGUUGCUCUCCAGUCCAAACAAUCCAGCUUAUGUACUAGCGGGUUUCUUCGAAAAGAUUUUUGCUGAAGGCAAGAAGUUUGAACUCGUCAAAUAUAGCACAGUAAAAAGUGUCCGACGAUCAACGGCGCUCAAAUCCUGUCCAUCAAUCGAGCGAGAACUUGUUCAGCGCUAUUUAAACUCCUGGUCGGAAGUUGGCUUUUUGAAGCAUGGAUAUACAUAUGCUGUCUCGUUUAAAGGACAAUAA